GAUCUCUAUUGAAACAGCUACCACAUAGAAAUUCAUUCACAAGAAUCACAACCCACACACGUAGAGGAGGAAUUGAAGCAAUUGACCAGCUACAGAAAGUCACUUACUCAGUAAUUAUCCCCCAAUUGACCCCCCUCUGGCUUGAGUUUGGAACUUGGAAUGGGUCUUCGGUCUCCGAAUUCGGCAGAUCCUAGCUCCAUCCGCAAACCGCGACUCUCCAUCUUCUCCCGUCUCGUCGUCUGCUCCACUCUACUACUUGGAGUCAGCAUCAUCUUAAAAGCCCGCCACCAUCUACUCUCUCCUCUUCUCCCCCACUUCUAUUCCUCCUCCUCCAUCCCUCAUACCCAACCCGCGACCAUGGCCUACCAACAAGAACGCUUCAUCGCCGAACUCGCCGUUCAGCGCGCAACUCUCCUCACCCAGAAGGUCUUCAACGAGAAGGCCAAGGGAACCGUGUCCAAGGAUGACAAGUCUCCCGUCACCAUCGGCGACUUCGGAGCUCAGGCUCUGAUCAUCCAAGCCCUCCGCAAGAACUUCCCCAACGAUGAGAUUGUCGCCGAGGAGGAGGCCAGCACGCUCCGCGAGGACAAGGCGCUGAGCGCCGAGAUCUGGAGACUCGUCAAGGACAUCAAGUUGGAGGACAGCGAGAGCGACAAUCUUCUGGGCGGCGCCUUGCCGAGCGAGGAAGCGAUGCUGGACAUCAUCGAUGAGGGCAAGAGCGCUGGGGGCGCCAAGGGUCGCGUCUGGGCCCUGGAUCCCAUCGACGGCACCAAGGGCUUCCUGCGCGGCGGCCAGUACGCCGUCUGCCUGGGCCUGAUCGAGGACGGUGAUGUCAAGGUCGGAGCCAUCGGCUGCCCCAACCUCCCCGUCAACGACUCCGAGACUUUGUCCGCCGGCAUCGGUGCGGAGCAGACCAGCGGCGCCGGCAACGGGGUCCUUUUCUCCGCCAUCCAGGGUGUCGGAGCCAUCAGCAGACCCCUGACCAACGCCGGUCUCGCCGAGAGCAAGUCGAUCUCCAUGCGCCCCGUGCCUGACAUCGCCCAGGCCGUUUUCUGCGAGGGCGUCGAAGCUGCCCACUCCGCCCAGGGUGACAACGCCGCCGUCGCCGAGCGUCUGGGCAUCACCGCCCCCAGUGUGCGUCUGGACUCCCAGGCCAAGUACUGCUCCAUCGCCAGAGGAGCCGGUGACAUCUACCUGCGCCUGCCGGUGAAGAAGGACUACCAGGAGAAGAUCUGGGAUCACGCCGCGGGAGACCUGAUCGUCCGCGAGGCGGGCGGUCAAGUGACUGAUAUCUACGGUCAGAGAUUGGACUUCAGCAAGGGCCGGACCUUGGCUGCCAACAAGGGUGUCGUCGCCGCCCCCGCGGCCAUCCACGACCAGGUCAUCGACGCCGUGAAGGUCGUUCUGAAGUUGUAGAAAGAAAAAAAAGAGGUUACGAAUUUCCUGUUAUGCAUAGAUUGUGAUUUUUUUUUUCAUGUUGGCUGCAUAAACUGUCAAGCUAUAUCCACGCUAGAUGCGUCUAAAAGUACACAAAUUUCAAAAUACCAGUCGCGAACCCAG